CGGUUGCAUCACGGGCCCGCCCCGCAGUGCCCGGAUGAGGCAGAACUGGUGGCGGUGGCGGACGAUGCUGCGGCUGUGACAGGGAAUGCACCCCGGUCCUGUUGAUCAUGGACAGUGAAGAAAUCCCAACUUUCUCGAGUCCAAAGGAGGAAACUGCGUAUUGGAAAGAGCUUUCCUUGAAGUACAAACAAAGCUUCCAGGAAGCUCGUGAAGAGCUGGCUGAGUUUCAGGAGGGAAGCAGAGAGUUAGAAGCUGAGUUGGAGGCACAGCUGGUGCAAGCUGAGCAGAGGAAUCGAGAUUUGCAAGCAGAUAACCAAAGACUGAAGUGUGAAGUGGAAACGUUAAAGGAGAAACUGGAACACCAGCAUGUGCAAAGCUACAAGCAAGUGUCGUUGUUGGAGGAUGACCUGAGCCAGACACGGGCCAUUAAAGACCAGUUGCAUAAGUAUGUGAGGGAGCUGGAGCAAGCCAACGAUGACUUGGAACGUGCAAAGAGGGCAACAAUAGUUUCAUUGGAAGACUUUGAACAAAGGCUGAACCAAGCUAUUGAGAGAAAUGCCUUUUUAGAAAGUGAACUGGAUGACAAGGAGUCCCUGCUAGUUUCUGUACAGAGAUUAAAGGAUGAAGCAAGAGACUUACGGCAGGAGUUAGCGGUACGGGAGAGGCAACAAGAAGUCACCCGGAAGUCAGCACCCAGUUCUCCCACUCUAGACUGUGAGAAGAUGGACUCAGCUGUCCAGGCAUCUCUGUCUUUGCCAGCCACGCCUGUUGGGAAAGGAUCAGAGAACAGUUUUCCUUCCCCAAAAGCUAUACCAAACGGCUUUGGCACCAGCCCCCUUACUCCUUCAGCCAGGAUAUCUGCACUCAACAUCGUGGGAGAUCUGCUGCGGAAAGUGGGGGCCUUAGAAUCCAAAUUAGCUGCUUGCAGGAACUUCGCCAAGGACCAGGCGUCACGGAAGUCCUACAUUGCAGGGAACGUCGGCAGCAGUGUGAUGAGCAGCAACGGCACCAAGUACCCUCACCCUGGCCACACCUCUUUCUUUGACAAAGGGGCGGUGAACGGCUUUGACCAAGGCCCCCCCGGGCUAGGCACAUCCCGGCCCUCCUCGGCGCCGGGCAUGCUGCCCCUGAGCGUAUGAGCCCGGGCAGCUGCCCUUGGACUUGGAUGCUUUUCUCAGCCCAGCACCACCAGAAGAUCUGCUCCCAGUUCCUCCCCGCUCCCGCCCCGCCGCAGCCCUGCUGCCAGAGGAGACUCCUGCCUGGCCCUUCCUGCCGCGGGCUCACAGCUGAUGGCCUCCUGCCGGGACCCGCGGGGCUCUGCCGGGCACGCAGCAGUCUUGCUCUCCAGACAUGGGCCCUGUGCUUUAGCUCUUCAGCUUGGGUUUGGCAUCACACAAACGUGGCUGCCCCUCUGCAAGGCUCCCUUUCUCCCUGCCUGCCCCAGCACCCUGCCACUCAGGCUGGGCAGCUGCUGCCCUCGCAGUAAGGCUCUGAUGAGGGGGACAGUGGGUGAAGCUGUGCCGUGGCACGGUGGAUAUGGCAUCUUGGUCCAGGUAGGUGACUCGGUUCCUGCAGCUGGGCAGCUGCAGGUGGGAGAUGCAGGGCUGUCAGUGCUGGUGCAGGAGCGGGCAGAGAGGAGCAGAGCUCCCCACAGCUCAGCCUGGGCAGCCCCGGCUGGCUGAACCCUCUGGGGCCAGGGCAGAGGGAGGGCUGCAGGAGCUGGGUGGCAGUGCUGAAGGGGUGACGAGCCACUGCCCUGGCACUGCAGGGCUGUGUUGAGCUGCUGAGGUGCUCUCAGUGCCUGAAGCACAGCCUCAGCCCAGCCGUGCCCACCUCUGCCCCUCAGCUUCCGCCCACCUGCACAGCAAGGACUCUGUCAGUGCUCAUGAACCCCAUGCCCACCUUCCUCAGAACUGUGUAACCUGUGACUGGAUUUUACAGCCUCACCUCUGGGCUUCUGUGCCAGUUCUGGCUGGCUCUUGUCCCUCGUGGGUCUUUGUGAGUUCUUUGUCUACGUGCCUCAGAGCCGGGGCUGGGGGGGGGGGGUUGAGUGAAGCAGCAAACCCAGCUGGGGUUUGCUCUGGGGGUUGGCAAAGGGUCAUGCCCAGGCUGGUCCAUCCUGCUCCUUUGGCUCUGCAGCUCCCAGUUGGUUUCUUUACAAGUGCUGAGGGAAAAAACCCAACCAACCAAAACCUGCUGCGCCUCCCCUGCCGCGGGGCCUGUGUCCGUGGGUGGGUUGUACAUAGGUCUGUACCCACAGGCCCUGCUGUGCCCCAGAGCUCCGAGCAGAACUUUGGGCUUUGCAGCUUUAUUUAUUCAGAAUCUCUGUGCCAUGUUCCAGGGGGGCAGGGCCAGGCUGCCGCAGCCAGGCAGAGCAGGAUCUGCUGUAAAAACAAAACCCAACUGAGAGUCAUCUUCCAACAAUAAAGUUCUUUUAAUGUGGGACCCCUGGGGUUUGCAGAA